AUGCCCGCGCUGCUCCAAGAGCAGAUGGAGCUUCGAGGUCGGCACUCGGAUGACCUCCAUGUCCAAGACGUCGAAGAUGAACUCCCCGAGGCUUAUUGUGGCGGAUGCGGUCGUCUCAUCGACGAAGAGAGCGUCGAGGAGGGUGUCAUUCAGUUCGCCACCAAGCUUUGGCACAUCGAGUGCUUCCGAUGUGCAAAGUGCAAGAACCGCGUCAGCACCGAGCGCGACGACAUUCUCCUACUAUCCGACGGACAUCCCAUCUGCGGCGAGUGCAACUACUCGUGCAACAUCUGCAACCUCCCCAUCAUGGAGGAAGCCAUCAUGACUGGCGAAGAAUCCUAUCACGCCUCCUGCUUCACCUGUCGCUCGUGCCACUCCAAGAUCGAAGAGCUCGUCUUUGCAAAGACCAGCCAAGGCAUCUACUGCAUGAGCUGUCACAACGAGCGGGUAGCACGCAGCCGCAAACAUGCAGAACAAAAACGAGCCAAAGCACGCCGGGAAAAGCAGCUUCAGGAUGCACACGCCGCCGAAUCCGCCCAACGCAGCAACGCGCUCAGCUCCGAACGAAGCAUACCGACCAACUCGCCUUCUUUGGACCAACCGCCCUCGCUGCCAUCCAAAGAGCCGCAUUCUCCCUCUCCAUCCGUCCUCGCCUCUCCCGCACCUUCUGCAAAUGGCGUAAACCUGUCCCCUUACAUCAACCAGGCGAGCUCGACCGCUGCCUCUCGUCCAGGUAGUGCGAGUGGCAAGCGACCCAUGAACGCUCCGCCACCUCCUUCACGCGAAGCACGCGGGCCCACCGUGACCGCGCAAGCCAAACUCGAAGGCCGAAGCCUGCCCGCCUCCAACACCUCGCAGACAUCCCUAUCUUCCGUCAUGGCAGACGAAGCGCUGCAGCUUCAGAGACGAGACUACGAGGUCACCGCCCCCCUAUCUCCCCGCAAAAAGACAUUUGGCUUCGGUGCCAGCUCCCCUCUAGGGUCGCCAGCUGCUGCCAAGACCCGGCUACCUACCUCUGAUGUGCCUGAUUCUGCCUCUAGCCCGACUGCGUCGCCGCUCAAGAACAACGUCCCAUUGCAUCCCUCUCCGCAGCCAGACUCGAACAGAACGCUUCGACCCACCACAAGCCACGAAGGUCUCGGCGUUGACCUCAGGGCCUCGACCACAAUCCCAGCAGCAAACCUAAGAAACCCGCUCAGCGCAUCAGCAUCUUCCUCACGCCUCUCCAAGGUCUAUUCAUUCUACGAUCCCGACUUUCUCAGUCUGGUCGAAUCUUUCGGCGAAUUUGGCUCAUACGAUGAGCUGUCAGCGAAAGCUCCGCCUGUGCCAGCACUACCCACCUCGAUUCCCGCCGCUUCCAUUUCAGCUGGCUCGUCAGGUACGGACUCGGCAGAUACGACUGUGUCCAAGCAGCCUAUGGCUGAUGCAAAUCCUCAAACGGACGGCAAUGUCUCGCGACCCGACGCUCUAAAGGAACAAACGCCGUCCGCUGUGCGUCGCCCGCCCAAUUCAAGCAUGGCAGAAAACGCCGACACCGAGGAGGAGUUGCUCGAAGAUGAUCGCCGAAACACAGCCACCCCCACAGGCUCCCUCAAAGAGGUGUCGUCCAAGGUUCGUGCUUCCAUGCAGCAGGCUCGAGACGGCCUGGUCAGCAUGGACAUCACCUUUGUCGAGACCAUCCUGCAGGACCUCGAGCAGACGCGCCAACGUAUGGAAUCGCUACAGUUGCGCUACGACCGCAUUCGACGUGCCAGCCAGCAAGCAGCGCACGGCUUUACGAUGGCCAAAGAGGAAUUCGAGCACGAAGUCAAUGCAAGGCACGAAGCUGAACUCGAGAUGGCCUGUCUGCGUAGACAGCUGGCCGAGCAAGCCCUCAAACUCGCCGCUGCCAACAGCGAGAGGCGACAGCAGGAGCAGCUCGAGCGACGAUCGCAGGAUGUAAAGGCGUCGCUCAAGGGUAUGGAACGCGACUUGGCCAAAUUGACCGCAGAGCGAGAUCUCACCGUAGCCGAAGUCGCCGAGCUGGUCGCACUGCAGGACGGCACAGCUGGCUUGUCACCUUUGACCGUCUCGCCGUCGAACGGUACUCGCUCUUCUACCGGCGCCGUAGAUGCAGCCAUCACGCAAAACCUCACUUCGCGUCUCGAGGCAGUCAAGAGCCGCUACCGAAGCGAGAUUGACGAGCUGACCCUGGAGCGCGAUUCACUGCUCAUCGAGAUCGAAGAGCUCAAGCAGUCCAAGGAACUUUUCUUGGAAGAGGCGCAGAGCCUUAACGCAAAGAACGAGGAGCUCAACACGGUGCUGGGUCAGCUCAACCGCAAAGUCGAAUUGGCUGCUCAUACGAGAGACCAGCUGCCGGCGUUGCCUGCCAUGCCGAAGGACCUCUCCUCAUCCACAAAAGGCUCGAGCGGGCAUGGCUUCGGCUUUGGAUCGCGUCACAAGAACGUGCACAAGCACACGGCGCACAACGCAUCCAUCUCGUCGCACGAGGCGCCGCCGAGCAGCGCAGGUUACGACACGAUAUCGGUGGAUACAGCUGUUCAGCAGGUGAUUCAGCCAGGCCGUGUCGAGCCAGCUCCAGUGGUCAAGAAGUUCAAGUGGAUGAAACCCAAGCUAUCCGAGGCGACCAAAGCCAAUGCCCACGCACCGCAGAGUGGAGUAGUGCCACCGGUGCCGCCCAAGGGCGCCGGUCUGGGAUCUGGCGGCGGCGGUGGCAGCAGCAGCGGCAGCAGCAGCGUCGCUGCCAUGGCGCGGGCCACCUCGCACGACGUGGUUGUACGCGAACACCUCUUCCAGCCUUUCAACGUUCUCCGACCGACGAGAUGCUUCGCCUGUCAGAAAAACAUGUGGGGUCAGUCUGAGAUGCGUUGUGCCGUCUGCACCCAGGUCUGCCACUCGCGCUGUCUGCAAAAUCUGCCGGUCUCGUGCCACCAGCCGUACAUGCGGCCGGACGAGGGACAUGCCGAGAGUGGCGGCCCAUCUAUGUUUGGUCGGUUGCUCACCGAGCAAGCUGCACAAGAGGCGCGCGAUGUUCCGCUGAUUGUGGAAAAGUGCAUCCAGGCCGUCGAGGCGUUUGGCAUGGAUUACGAGGGCAUCUACCGCAAGUCUGGCGGUACUUCGCAGCUCAAGGUGAUUACCCAGCUGUUUGAACGUGGCAAUGCGUUCGACUUGGAGGAUACGGAUCGUUUCAACGACGUCUCGGCCAUCACGAGUGUGUUGAAAAACUACUUCCGCGAGCUCCCCACCCCGCUGCUCACAUUUGAGCUCUACGACGAGCUGAUCAAAGUGGUCGAGUCCAAGCAGGAAGACGUGGCUACGAAACAGGAGCUCAUCAAGCAUCUCAUCGAGCGUUUGCCGAGGCAGCACUAUUGCACUCUACAGCACCUCGUCCUGCAUCUGCAUCGCGUCCAGCAGCGCAGUGUGGACAACCGCAUGAACGCGCGCAACUUGGGCGUUGUGUUCGGCCCCACACUCAUGCGAUCCGCCGACCCCACGCAGGAGUUCGCACACAUGGGCGGCAAAGCCAUGACCAUCGAAUUCUUCAUCGACCACGCUCCGCACUUGUUUGCAUAG